AUGUAUAUUAAUAAACACUUAAAGCAUCAUCCGAGCGAGUCUCUAUUCCUGUGUAAAUCCUACACCGGCAUACCGACCAAAACCCGCGGUGGCCUUCUACGGACCGUACGAGACGGGCCCAGGCACGAGCUGCUGGCCGCCACCGUGCCCGAGAUCCAGCGCACCAACCUCGCCAACACCGUGCUGCUGCUCAAGUCGCUCGGCGUCGAGGACCUGCUCGCCUUCCACUUCAUGGACCCGCCGCCGCAGGACACAAUCCUGAACUCGAUGUACCAGCUGUGGAUCCUGGGCGCCCUGGACGGGACGGGCGCGUUGACGCCCCUGGGUCGGCAGAUGGCGGAGUUCCCCCUGGACCCGCCGCAGUGUCAUAUGCUCAUCGUCUCCGCCGACAUGGGAUGCAGCGCCGAAGUGCUUAUUAUUGUGUCAAUGUUGUCGGUGCCGUCAGUGUUCUACCGGCCGCAGGGGCGCGAAGAGGAAGCCGACUCCGUCAAGGAGAAGUUCCAAGUUCCAGAAUCUGAUCACCUCACGUUACUACACUUGUACAACCAGUGGAAAUCUAACAAUUACUCGAGCCAGUGGUGUACGGAGCACUUCGUGCACGCGAAGGCGAUGCGCAAGGUGCGGGAGGUCCGCCAGCAGCUCAAGGACAUCCUGCAGCAGCAGCGCCUGCCGCUGGUGUCCUGCGGCACCGACUGGGACACCGUGCGCAAGUGCAUCUGCUCCGCAUACUUCCAACAAGCAGCUCGUCUGAAAGGCAUAGGCGAGUACGUAAACUGCCGCACGGGCAUGCCCUGCCAUCUCCAUCCCACCUCGGCUCUGUUCGGACUGGGGUCCUCGCCGGACUACGUGGUGUACCACGAGCUGAUGAUGACCACGAAGGAGUACAUGCACUGCGUCACCGCUGUCGACGGACGCUGGUUGGCCGAGUUGGGACCGAUGUUCUUCUCCGUUAAGGAGACUGGGAAAUCAAACCGCGACAAGCGUAAAGAAGCGGCGGUACACCUCCAGCGAAUGGAAGAAGAGAUGAAGCAAGCAGAGCAGAAGAUGGCAGAAGACAGGAAGAAGAGAGACGAAGACGUACCGGUCAAACAGGAGAUCGCGACUCCCGGACUCAACACGCCGAGGCGGACUCCACACAGACUCGGCUUGUAGGCAUAUCUACAGCGUAACAAUAGGGUACACGGCGAACAAAAUGCGACGACGUCACGGCUAUAGGGAGGCCUAAAUUACUACAUUUUUUCUAUUCGAACCUCAAAAACAAGCAGAUCUAUAUUGAUUUCAUAUGUUUACGCGAACAUUAAACAUUAAAAUAAACUAUUUUUCGAACUUUAACGCAUUUUUAAUAUUUUAGUUUUUCUCCUGACGUUUCGAAGCCUUUGCAGUGUUCGUGGUCACGGGGGGGACUGAGUGCAGUCUUCGAAACGUCGGGAGAAAAUUAUAAUAAAAAAACCGCGAUAAAAUCCGUAAAAUAGUUUAAUUUUAAGAUCUAUAUUGGAACAGAUUUUACAUGAUAGGGGAUCCAUUCGAUCAUUUUCUACUUGCCUUCACGGUGUUCACGCCACUACUGCUGUUCAACAGUUGCAGGGUCUGUUCUGGUAAACUAUGGUUACAUUAUUUGUGUUCGUGAUAUAUUUUUCUAAGCGUUUUUAUAUUGUGUUAAAUAAUUUUUGCUUCAAUACCCAUCAGGUAUAAAAUAUGCAGUUUUUUUCUGGCAGGCAAGUGGUCAGUCUCUUCGUGUUAGUGUUUUUUUUAAUAUAGUGGUUUAAUUUUUGCUUAAUAUACUUUCCUUUUUUAACAAUAAGUGUAAUUUAUAAUUAUGAAAUUGUAAUCGCCCAUCUGUAAAUACUUGUUUGAAUAAUAAAAAAAAAUUGAAA